GGGUUGUAAUGAAGGAUGAGAUUGAACCGGAUGUUAUAUGGGAGCAGAGAGUGAAGGAUGUAGAAGCUGAGAAGGAGAGGAAAGUGGUGACAAGUCCUGGGUUCAGCUUUUCUGCUGCUGGUCUUUUGUUUCCUUACCAUCUUGGCGUUGCUCAAUAUCUCAUUGAGAAGGGUUACAUCAAGGAAACAACACCAUUGGCAGGUUCAUCAGCUGGUGCUAUAGUCUGUGCGGUGAUUGCUUCUGGUGCUACCAUGCAGGAUGCCCUAAAAGCAACUAAAAUCCUGGCUGAAGAUUGUCGGCUUAAAGGAACUGCAUUUCGGCUCGGGGCUGUUCUUCGAGAUGUUCUUUACAAGUUUCUGCCGGAUGAUGUUCAUACAAGAUCCAAUGGGAGGGUUCGUGUUGCUGUAACCCAGAUCCUCUGGAAGCCAAAGGGUUUACUAGUGGAUCAGUUUGACUCCAAGGAAGAUCUCAUAAAUGCAGUCAUUACAUCAUCCUUCGUUCCAGGCUAUCUUGCACCAAGGCCAGCAACAAUGUAUCGAAAUAGACUCUGCAUUGAUGGGGGUUUGACGCUGUUUAUGCCACCAACAUUUGCUUCUAAGACGGUCCGGGUUUGUGCUUUCCCAGCUGCUAGAUUGGGACUGGAGGGAAUUGGGAUUAGUCCAGACUGCAAUCCUGAAAAUAGGGCUUCCCCUAGAGAGCUUUUCAAUUGGUCACUGGAACCAGCAGAGGAUCAUAUUCUUGAUAGACUUUUCGAGCUAGGAUAUCUAGACGCAGCUGUAUGGGCUGCUGAGAACCCAGUUUACAAGGUAGUUGAAGAUAGCAUUCCUACAGCUGAAAACGGUUCUGCAAACUAGUUCCUUGGAAGAUUAUUUAUCCAGCCAAGGUACUCCACUCUGGUGGCAUUUUGCUAUAACCCUUGCCUGGGGUUCCCUGUGUACCCCAAUGCCCAGUUCACAAGGCAGCUUGGAUAGGUGAUUUUUCAUAGAUCAUUUGGUAAUUUUGUACAGUAUGAGAUUGUCAAAUUACAACACUGCCCUGAUUGACUUGUCAGGGUCAUUCAACUAAACCCUAAAAUCAAGGAUUCAAGGGCUGGUCAUAGGGAAGAAAAAAAAAAAAAAGAUUACCUAAUUAUUGAAGACAUGCCAUGUUAGAAACGCAAAAGAAUCAAGGAAUACCCUUUGUUCUCUAGUUUCUUUGAAUUAUUCUUUCCCUUUUUCUUCAUUUUGGCCUAAAAUUUCAAAGGAGUUUCUCUACAGUAAAGUUAAGUCAAACGU